CAUUUACGAUCUUGCGGUAUUGAGGAUUUAAAACAUUGACUUUCUUGCCGGAUAAUUUGCUGUAUAGAAAUAAUCUUUCAUUUGAUUUAAAGCUGUAAAACUGUUUUAUUGUUCAUCAAAGGAAAUGUGCAUUUCUUGUCGCAAGGUAUUUGAAAGAAUUCCGUGUCGAACAGUGCCCGCUGUUCCUACAGCACAAAUGCACACAACACAAACCCUUCACGUGUUUCUAUUGGCAUUUUAUGAACCAGCGUCGUCGAAGGCCUGUCCGAAGACGUGAUGGAACGUUCAACUAUAGUCCAGAUGUUUACUGCUCGAAAUAUGACGAGACUACUGGCAUCUGUCCCGACGGAGACGAUUGUUCAUAUUUGCACAGAACUGCUGGAGAUACCGAAAGACGUUACCAUCUUAGAUAUUACAAAACUGGUGUCUGUGUAUAUGAUACUGACAGCAGAGGAUAUUGUGUCAAAAAUGGUCCUCAUUGUGCUUUUGCUCAUGGUAUUCAUGAUUUGCGCAAUCCCGUUUAUGAUCUUCGGGAACUGCAAGCAAUGGAAACUAAUGAAGAAGGGCCCAAUGGUCUGGCAGGUCCCAACAACCUAGAUAAAGAGAGAAAUGCUUUAAAUGAAGAUCCUAAAUGGCAAGACACUAAUUAUGUAUUAGCUAAUUAUAAAACAGAACAAUGUAAAAGACCUCCUAGAUUAUGUCGCCAAGGCUAUGCUUGUCCAUCUUUUCAUAAUAAUAGAGAUCGAAGAAGAAGUCCUAAAAAAUGCAAAUAUAGAUCAACACCCUGUCCUAAUGUUAAACAAGCAGAUGAAUGGGGUGAUCCUGCUAAUUGUGAAAAUGGCGAUAGUUGCUCAUACUGCCAUACACGAACAGAACAGCAGUUUCAUCCAGAAAUUUAUAAAUCAACUAAAUGUAAUGAUAUUUUACAAACUGGUUACUGUCCAAGAGGUCCAUUUUGUGCAUUUGCUCAUGUGGAUAAAGAGAUAUCUGCAGUUCGUGAUUUAGGUCCUGAUCAUACAACAGAUUUAGCUGCUAUUUUAUCUAAUGCUCUCCCUAAUGUAACUAGCAACCAAAAUCAGCACAUUCCUGAAAAUCAAGAAGAUGUAACAGAUGAAAAAUUGGAUCAUAUUAAUGAUGAUAUAGAACAACAGAAUGCCAAUCGGAAUACCAAUUCUUUACCAGAAGUUCAGCCAAAUGCUGUGGAUCAUUAUACUUCUAAUCACCCUUUACCAAAUCCAAUAAGUCGACCAAGAUCUUACAGUUCUUCAACUAACCAUUCUGGGGAGUCAAUGCCCCAUUAUCCUAAAGCACCAGGUUCAGAAAGGGAAGAUAGAGAGUCAUGCAUACGAAGACAGUUGCAGGCAAUAGAUGAUGAUCCGAAUUUAGAACCUCAUGAAAAAGCACGUAGGAAACAAAGUAUCUAUUUAGGCUGUGAUUCUUCAUUAUCGCAUUUAUCUGGGUCUUUAAAAACAAUGUCUCCUUUAGCAACAUCAUUUUAUCCAGCAGCUGACACUGUUGAAUCUGUUGUUGGAAAUGCUUUGGAUGAUUUGAAUAUUGAUGAUAUUAAUGUUGAAGCGUCUUUAAAUAGGGAAUUAAUAAAUGAUUCAAUAGGUGUAAAUAGUUCUAUGUCAGGAAUGACUGGAUCAAGUCUGUUGGGAGCAUCGGCACCAGUGAAUAUUCCUGGUAGUGGUGAUAUUACCAGUCGUGGCCUACCAAGUUUAUCUCCUCCUGUAACAUCACCUUUAGGUUCAUUAUCUCAUAGUUUACAAUUAGGCUCUUCAUCUUUAACUGAGCAUUCUUUAGAUAAAGCUGCUGCUGCAUUUUAUGGACAUUCUGGGUCAUUUACAAAUUCUAAAUUUCAUUAUCCUGGUUCCAGUUUAUAUGAAUUUCCAGGCACUCAAAAUCUGUCUCCUUCUAAUCGGAUGGGGGCCCAGUCAUCUUUAGUUCAAUCCAUAAGUGGGUUCAAUUCCCUAGGUUCAGAUAUUCAAAGGUUGAGAGAUGACUUUGCAACUAAUAGGUUAAAAAUGCCAUGGGAAGAUAAUUCAAUACAACCUAGAUCAGUAUAUCAAACAUAUGACGUAAAGUUUGUAAAAGAAAGAGAGGCCGAAGAAGCAUCUAGAAGAAUAGUAAUUGCUGAACAACAAAGAGAUGAGGCAUUAGCUAAAGUAAAUAGUUUACAAAAAGAAUUAGAUGAAUUAACAGGAGGACCUUUCCUUCACACACUUACUAGGAUAUCAGAAUUAGAAACAUUACCACUAAUCAAAUUAAAGCAAAUUAAAGAACAACUUAGGGAAGAUUUAGACAAAAUAGAAAAGGUAAUAUUUUAUCAAACGGCUCCUAAAUGUAUGAUAUGUGAAGAUCGGAAUCGUAGUAUUACUGUGGUGCCCUGUAGCCACUAUGUUUUAUGUAACCAAUGUGCUCCACAUCAAAAGAACUGUCCUUAUUGUCAUGAAGAAAUCACUUCACUAUCCAAUGCAUCUUUAUAAAAAUAAUUGUUUUUAGGUUUUUUUUUUGAGAUUGAAAACUUUUAAUAUAGUUCCCCUGCUCGCAAAACCAUCUUUUGAAAUAUAAAUAUUUCCAUAAUGUACAGCUCUGUAAAACUAAUGGAAGAUUUUUGCAUUAUUUUAAGGAUGUGAUUUGCAAGAAGCUGAACACUAACACUAUUGUUUGUCUGAAAAUUGUAGACAGAUGAUUUUAGCAAUUUUCUUCUCGUUUUUAAAUAAUUAAACAAUUUGUAUAACUGUGUUUGAAUUUUUAAUCCAGUAUCUUUGUGCCAGUAUAUUGAUUGUUGAUAUAAGUAUUUUCCGAGUAUGGGGAAUCAAGUUUGUUACUUAAAUUAAUUUAUCUGCUUAUAAAAGAAGUAGUGUUCAAUAUGUAUUCUUUUCUCAUGUGAUAACUGAAUGAAUGCUGUGUUCAUAAACGAACAAAACGAAAGAAAUGUCAUUCAUGCACAAAUAUAUUUUUUCUUUGAUUCCAAUAUUUUAAUUUGUUUAAAGAAUUAUAAUUCAUGUAAAUUUAUAUAAUCAAAGUAAAUUCAUGUAUAUUUGCAAGAACAUUUUAUUAAAAGAAAAUAGUCAAAUUGGUAUGCUUACCCUGACAUAUAUUGAUAUUGUUGAUUCUAUAGGCAUGGUUCCCAUGUUACUGAAUUGUUUUUCUGUUUCGAGAUUGUUUGGGAAAGGUGAAGAAAUCUUAGGCUAUUUUUAAAUUUAUAAUAUACUGUUGGCAGUUGAGUUCAUAUUCUAUAGCUUUGCAAUAGAUCAAUUUUUAUGCAUUGCUUGUUUUGUUUAGUGUUUGUAUCUUUAUUUUUGAAAAUUGUAUUAUUAUUUUGCUUUUAUCUGAUGAAUAUCAAUUGUAAAUAUUAAAAAAAAAUGGUAUUGACAGAUAACUGAAUUGAUUUUAUUUUAGAUUUAGAGAAUAAAAUAAUUAUCUCUGCACUUUUAAAUAAAUAAAAAAAAAAAUGGAUUGACCCGAAUUGGGAAUAUUUUUUCUUUUAUACAUUACCUAUGAAUGCAAGUUGCUUUUAUUAAAUAUUACUCAGUGUGCAAGAUUUUUGACAAAUUAUUUUUAUAGUUUCAAGAAAAAUCUUUCAUAAAGAACUGCUGUGCAAUUAUCCCUGUGCGAGUUUCUGCUAGAAUUAUUUAAACUUAAAACAGUGGGAACCAUGAUCUUGGAUUGAAUUUAAAGCUAUAUCCUUUUUUUUUUAAUCCUACUUUUCUUUCUUCUGCAAAAUUUUCUUGCCUAAAAAUGCUGAAUUAUAUGAACCUGAGGUGUAUCCAAAUUAUGUAGCAUUCAGAUUCAAUUGUUAUAAGAAUGACGCUCCAACUCAAAGAACGUAGUAUGCACAAUGUGCAUAGCUAUAGAUUUCUAUUUGAUGGGAAAUUUAGUUUAUCAUUAUGUAUAUGAAUUUCAAAUUUUUAUAUGAAUAUUUAUUUGAUAAUUAAAUUCAAAGGUGAUUGAAAUUGUGAUACUUAUACAGAAGAAUCCAUCUCUUCAGUUUUUAUCAUUGAAUUUAUUUUGGAGUAAAAUCAUGCUUUGCAUAUUUUUAUUGUUCAAUUCUGCUCAGCUUAAAAUAUUUCCUAUUUGAACUACUACAAGAUAUGCAGUCUUCUGAUACAAGAUAUGCAGUAUCUUCUCUUGCAUGUGAAAUAGAAAAAUCUAAAAAUUCCCAUUGCAAUAUUUGUUUUUAUUUCUUGCAAAAUUCUGACUGAAUAAUUUUUACUACUAUUAAUUUUGAAUUAAUUACAUUUAAUAUUCUAAAUGCAAAAAGGUCGAAUAAUAUCUUUGUCAAGUUCUCAAAAUUCUUAAACUGUUUAUAUGGUUUUAAAGUAUUUAUUAAAACAAUUUAGUCAUUGUAUAGGCAGUUAAAAAUGCAAAAAUUUUAGUAAUUUAUAUGCAUAUUUAUAAUUUGGAUAGAUAAACUGUACAUAUGUGUAACUGUACUUUGCAUAUUUUAAUUUAUGGAAUAUUAUCUUGCCAAUUCUAAAUAUCCUAAGCUCUAAUGCUUUUACACUA